AACCUCAAAUUCUUUUCGUAUUCUACUACAUCGAGGAGAUCUUUUCAAAGUGUUAUUUUUACUGUGAAAUAUUUAAAUGUGUUAAUAAACUGAUAUAACAAUGUCGUUGCUCCGUUCUACGAAGUUUGUGAGAUAUUUCACUGGUGCGGCGAGGACACUUAUAUUGAACAGUGCUAAAGCCGCUGAAACAAAUACUCUAAUAAACCCAAAAACACUUUGUGGGCUUAAUAAUGUGCUUGUGAGAGACUAUUCAACAUCAAAGAAGACAGAAAGCCUCGAACCGCUGUUACAAAAAUUGGAUUCUGACGUACGCCGUGUGGGCCGUAUUUCUAAGAAAGACAUUGACGAAGUGUUUGAUGAGAUACGCUCCAAAAACAACAUCACCAGUUCACAGUCAUUACUUGUUAUAAGAUGUUGUGGAGAGCUUGUCCCCGAAGAAUUACCGGAACAGAGAACCCUGCUAGUCCAGAAAAUAUGGAAUGUGCUAACAGAGAGGGGUAUCCCUAUGGACAUCUCACAUUAUAAUGCUUUACUCCGAGUGUAUAUUGAAAAUGAACAUCUAUUUUCACCAGCUAAGUUCUUGGAGGAGUUGGAAAAGAAAGGGUUACAGCCAAACAGAGUGACAUACCAAAGACUUAUGUGGAGAUAUUGCCAAGAUGGAGAUGUUGAGGGUGCAACAAAAGUUCUAGAAAAGAUGAGGGAACUCAACUUCCCUGUAUCCGAACCGGUACUCAAUGCUCUGGUCAUGGGUCAUGCAUUCCAUGGAGACACCGAAGGUGCCAAAGCUGUGUUGCAGACGAUGGCCGGAGCAGGAUUACAACCAUCCAAUAGAACUUACACAUUGUUAGCUUGUGGGUACGCUAAACAGGGAGAUUUGGCUGGUGUGGAGGAUGUUAUAAAAAUUGCUACAGAGAAAGAUGCUUAUAUGACUGAUAAGGAUAUUCUAGAUAUAGUGGAACAUCUGUCACUUGGCGGCCACGGAGAUAAAGUGGAACAACUGUUCCCACAUCUUCAAAAAAGCGUCGGUUACAACCAAGAAGUGUGCAAUCUCAUCCUGCGCCUUCUAAACAAGGGCCAAGACGAACCUGCCAAGAAAGUCAUGAAUACUAUGCCUAAAUCCACAAAUAUCGAUGACACAUUGUUCAAAGGAGCAUUCUUUGUUAAACAUCUUCUUAAACUAGGCAGGCCAAUCGAUUCCGUCAUAAAAACAUGCAGUGAUCUACAAAAAGAUGACUUAGUCCCCAAUGCAUUUUACAUCGCAACAGAAGGGGCUCUACAAUUAGGACAAAUUGAAUUGGCACAAAAUCUGUUUAAGGAACUCAAAAGAUGCGGCAUAGAGAUAAGACAGCAUUAUUACUGGCCGCUACUGGUUCAGAAAGGGAAAGAAGGUGAUGAGGAAGGUCUGUUGCAAAUUUUGAGAAAUAUGACCACUGAUGGCCUUGUGCCUACAGGGGAAACUCUCCGGGACUAUGUCAUACCUUACAUGGUCGAAAGAGACACCCCGCAGAAUGUUAUACUCAAAUUACAAAUCUGCGGUAUUCCAACCAUAGUGUGCGCAAGAAACAUUAUGCUAGAGCUUUUAGAAUCCGGCAAAACAAGGAAGGCAGCUCAAAUUGCUGUCGAGUACCAUCCGAGAGGGCAAUAUAAUUUGGUCGCCCGACCUCUCCUAAACAGUCUGAGUAAAACUAAAGACAUUGAUUCCUUUGUUACGAUUUUACACGUGACAAGUAGCAAAGUGACAAAUUUAGAAGACGAGUCGAAUGAUGAAGUCCCAAAUGACGAUAGGGAUACCAUUGAAACGGGGCGUUUAGUGAAAUCUGCUGUUAAGAUUUUAGGAACUCCAGCAUUGUGUGAAGAACUGCUUACCAAAAUCCAUUCAAAGGGUAUAAGGCUCAGUGCCGAUUCAGCGGAGUCAAUUCAGAUGUACCUCGGUGAACAGAUGUCAAACAAUCUGUCAGAGUUGCUGACACAACUGACGUCGAGUGAUUUGGAAUCAGUGCCAGUUGAGAACGUUAAACGUGACCCGGGAGUCCGAAAUUCGGCCCAAUUGGAACAACUCAUCAAUAGGCUGAAGUCUAAAGAAGGGUCGAACAUUAAACGUUUGCAGAAACAGUUGCUCUCUUUGUAUAUAAAAGAAAAUAAUAUCGUUAAAGUGGGAAGCUAUGUUGAAGAGUUGAAAGGGGAGAAUUUCGAGCUGAGUCCAGCGACGUUGGCUCAACUUUUCGAGUUUUAUUGUCAACACGACCAAAUUGACAGAGCUAAUGAAUAUAAGGCUCAGAUAAACGAAAAAUACCCAGAUUUCGUGUUAAAUAAGUUUAAGUUGAUACAAAUGGCGUUUGCGCUCGUAAGGGCGAAUAGAUACGAUGAGGCUGUGAAGUUUUUGCAAGAACAUAAGAUACCAGAGGAGAGUGAACCCCCUAGUUUCGUUUACAACUCCAAAUGCUGGCAGAUGUUGAAUGUUUUGGCGGAGCAAAAGGAUGAUGUUAAAGUCAAGGAACUAACAAACAUUCUAAUCGAAAGGAACUACAUUGAAGCUUCCAACGUGCACUUAGGACCGCUAAUCAAAGUGCACAUUCUGAAGGACGACAUAGACACAGCACUGAAAGAGUUUGAAAACUGUUGUAAAAAAUACAGGAGUACGCCGUGGAAAGGAGAGUUGAUGAAAGCGCUCAUCUUGAAGGAGGACGCGACGAAAUUGCAGUGGUUGGCCGACCUUAGCACUCAGAUCCACGGGGAGGUGAACAUCCUGCACGACCUGGUGCUGGCGUUCGUGGAGUGCGGGCGGCUGCGGCAGGCGCGCCGCAUCCUGGAGACGCCCGGCCUGCACACGCGCCUGCGCCGCCUCGACGACGCCUGUCUGCGGUAUGUCGAGGAGGGUAAAUCGGAACACCUAGAAGGUUUACUGGAAGCAACCAAGGAACUUUCACACAUCGACCGCUCCAACAUCUUCUACCAUCUCCUGGUCACAUACUGCAAAGCAGACGAAACCGACAAAGCUGUGGGACUAUGGACUGUCCUCCAAGAAGAAGGCGAAAUACCAAGCGACCAAUUCUUAAAUUACCUAGGUAAACACCUCAAAUCGAAGAAUAGGAAAGUGCCAUUUGUCUUGCCAGAUGACAACACGGUCAAAGUGAAGAAAACACAUGUGACAGUACCGAAGCAGAGUGUACCUGCAAAACCAACUAAAAACCAAGUGAGCGAGCAAGUUGAAAAUCUGAUCAAGGAUGGAAAACAUGAAGAAGCGAUGAAUGUUACAUUGAAAAGUGUCAAUGAAGGUGUAAUGCCUAGACCGAAUAUCCUAAAAUUCUUAUUGAAAAGUCUCGCUGUAGAUGGCAACGUGGAAAAGAUAAAAGAGUUUGGUCAAUAUGCGAAUGAUUCAUUAAAGAAACGGAUAACUUAUGAUGACAAACUUACUCUGGCCAUUUUCAAGCGAGGCUCCGGGGCGAGCCAUGUGGAUAAUUUGUUGGAAACGUUCAGUCGGGCCAGGACUGACCAGGAAUGGGAAGAGGCAUUGUUAAGGUUCCCGAGGAGCAACUCACUGGUGUCUGUCAUAGAUAAUGAGGCGAUUCUUGCUAAAUGUCACAAAAUUGCAGAGAUGGCAGCAACGAAAGGCUUCACGACCCCCGCUAACUUGUUAUGGAUGGAAUACUUACUAGCCGGCAAAGAAAAAGAGGCGGAUAAUCUAUGGAACAGUAGUCUGCGCAAUGCUAGUGCCCUUGUGUUCAGAAGGCUACUUCAAGAAAGCCACGUCAGAAACGAACCGCGAUUAAUCGAGAAAUUAAUUGAAACUUUAAAAUCCAAUCAAGAGAUAUCAUUAGGUUCAGUUGGAAAUGCAUACUCACGCCUCAUUAAUCUGCAUUUGUUGAGUAAUAGAUUAGAAGAGGCAGAGAGUGUCCUACAAAGAGCGUUAGAUUCUGGAUUGAAAGGAGAGCAUUUCAAUAAAAAUACUGUUAACAGACUGAAAACUGAAAUCGAACAAGCGGGAAGGGAAUUCAAAUAUUCUAUAAAUUAAAUUUCAGCUCGUUUUUCUAUGCUAGUAGUAUCACUGUAUAAUAUUUUUACGUUGUUGCGCAUUUUACUUUUGUUUCUCAUAAAUCACACAUAUUACAUAAUUGUAUAAAUUCUAAUUGACAGUGAUUUAGUUAUUACUUAAUAAAUUAAUUAGUUGGUA